CUCAACGCCUCCAAUUCCUUGAGAUCAACCUGACAAGAACUGUCCAAAGCUCCGCCAACCUCGCUAGACUCGCCUACGAGCAAGACCACUGCACGCUCUAACCCCAAAGAAGCUAAAAUUUUACCAUUGGGCACCUCCCCUCCCCCACCAUCACGACGGCAGCCAUCCCACUACAAACGCGCCAGCGGACUUGUCCCCCGAACCCGAGGGGACAAGAGCUUGGCCAUCUCCCCGCCGGAUCGGACCGAGUCGACGAUUCCGACUCCGACGUCUCCCACGAGGAAGACGACGACACUGGAGCACCCACGGACACAGAGCAGAACCCUCACAGACCCAACGAUGGAAGUAGCGACCCGGACGAGCCCCUCGAGUUAACCCCGCCCGACGAUUCGAAGUCGCUCGCUCAACGCUUCCGGGUUUUCAUGUCGGGUGCCCCUCUUCUCCGGACGUCGCCCGCACUGGGCUCGUCAUCAUACGGAGCUGUGCGUGUCCCACAAGACGAGUCCGACGACGACGAUGUUGACCCUGCUGCUCGACAAGAUAAACCUGCCCCGGAGUGGUCUCCCGGCAGGCUGCAGCGAGCUAGCUUCGAGAGCUGUGCCGAAGGCUCUUCGAGCGAUGCACUCCACCGUCGACGAUUAUCCAAGUCCAAACAAUCACAUUCUUCUGGUCGGCGGAGGAGCAGUACUCUGUACAUGGAUGGACACAAGCGGCGACCCUCGGCGGCCACCUCUGACGUAGGAAUGGGCGCCGAUUCCAAGUUCUCGUUCGCAACGGGACUUGCGGUGCCUGGGAAUCCAGUGAUGCAGGAGACCCCAGCAUCCUCGCCGUAUAUGACAACUGACGAUGAGGAUGUGUUGGAUAUUGAUGACGAAGAUGCGAAGCCUUUCGAUGAGGAUCCCCCGGACAAUUCGCCAUAUGCUCAAGUGCGGGCGACUGUCCCGGCGACAGACGACAUAACGCUCUCUAUCAAUACCCCUCGCAUGUGGAUUCUUGCAUUACUUUUCUCACUGACUGGUUCGGCCGCCAAUCUUUUUUUCUCCCUCCGCUACCCGAGCGUCGCCAUCACUCCAAUUAUUGCAUUGGUUUUGGUCCACCCUUUGGGCAAGUUCUGGGAUGUCCUGUUUAAAAGGACGAAUGACCCCAUCGAAGUUUUCGAAAAUGGAACGCUCGACCAUCGAGAAUCACGAACGGACGAUCUUGAUGCUCCAGGUCCGUCUUUGCUUACGCGCAUCCGACUUUGGCUUGGCCAAGGACAUUGGAACGAGAAGGAACACGCAUGUGUCUAUAUCAGCAGCAACGUCUCCUUUGGAUUUGCGUUUGCUACUGAUGUCAUCGUCGAGCAACACAAGUUUUAUCAGCAGGAAGUUCCAAUCUUGUAUCAGUUGCUGCUCAUUAUUUCCACCCAAGUCUUGGGCUAUGCAUUUGCCGGCUUAACUAGACGCUUCCUGGUUCGGCCUUCGGCCAUGAUUUGGCCAGGGACUCUCAUGUCCACUGCCAUGUUUUCCACCAUGCACAAGUCCGCCAAUAAGAAGGCCAACGGAUGGAGCAUCUCCCGAUACAAAUUCUUCAUUCUUGUAUGGGCUGGCGCCUUUGUCUGGUACUUUGUACCGGGCUUGCUGAUGCCAGCCCUCAGCUACUUUAAUGUGGUGACCUGGUUCGCUCCCAAGAAUGUGGUUGUGUCGAAUCUUUUUGGUGUUGCGUCGGGUCUUGGGAUGUUGCCUUUGACUUUUGACUGGGCUCAAAUCGCAUAUAUCGGGUCCCCCUUGCUCACGCCAUGGUGGGCAGCAGCCAAUAUUGCCACCGGCCUGGUGGUGGUUAUCUGGAUCGUUGCCCCGAUCUUGUAUUAUAAAAAUGUGCUUUUCUCCUCUUACAUGCCCAUCCUAUCUGCGGCAGUUUUUGACAACACAGGCCACCCAUACGACGUGAGCCGAAUCUUGACGUCGGACUUUCUUUUCGACCAAAAGGCGUACGAAGAAUAUUCGCCAGUUUAUCUUCCCAUCACCUAUGUCUUAUCAUAUGGUGUUCAAUUUGCCGCUCUGACCUCCCUGGUUACCCACACCAUCUGCUGGUAUGGUAAGGAUAUCUUGCACCAGACUCGCAAGGCCUUCGAGGAGCGUAGGGAUGUACCAGACUUUGAGACCUACCAGCCUCUGCGAACAGAAAACGGGCAUACUUCUCCACCGCGACACCCUCGUGAGACAUCAAGAGUUAGUUCUCACGAUCCGAGUCGGGAGCUGCCUCUGGGAAUGGAGGAUGUGCAUUGCCGUCUCAUGAGGCGCUAUAAGGACGCUCCUUUGACCUGGUACCUGAUCGUGCUCAUUACGAUGCUGGUCAUCGCCACCUACACUGUAGAGCACUACCCGGUCCACUUACCCUGGUAUGGCCUCUUCCUGGCACUGCUCAUUACCAGCGUGUUCUUCAUUCCCGUCGGCAUCAUCAUGGCUGUAACCAACCAACACAGCAGCCUCUAUCUGAUCUGCCAGCUCUUGUGUGGCAUUGUCUUCCCUGGACGGCCAGUGGCGAACAUGAUCUUCGUAACUUACUCUUACAUCAGUUCAGCGCAGGGCAUCAAGUUCUCAUCAGAUCUCAAGCUCGGGCACUACAUGAAAAUCCCGCCCCGCAUCCUUUUUGGUGUGCAGAUGGUGGCGACUUUGGUAUCUAGCUUGACACAGAUUGGUGUUCUGAACUGGAUGUUCUCCUACGUCCCCGGUCUUUGCACCCCGCAGGCUUUGAACGGCUUUAACUGUCCUAUUGCGCGCGUCCAUUUCAACGGCAGUAUCCUCUGGGGUGUUGUUGGACCCCAGAGGUUCUUUGGUCCAGGUGGUCUCUAUCGACCUCUGGUGUGGGCGUUCCUGAUUGGUGCCGCAGCACCCAUCGCGGCUUGGAUCUUAGGCCGUCGCAGCAAGAAAAAUUUCUGGCGGAAGGUCAAUUUCCCCAUUCUCUUCGGUAGCCUCAGCUGGAUCCCUCCUGCGACGGGGCUGAACUUUUCUGUCUGGGCGCUGGUAUGUUUCGUGUUCAACUACGUGAUCCGCCGACGCAGGACGGCCUGGUGGGAGAAGUACGCCAUGACGCUCUCGGCAGCCUUGGACUCGGGGCUGGCAUUUGCCGUGCUGGUUGUCUUCUUUUUCCUCAUUUAUCCUGGCUGGGUGGAUGGGUUCAAAUGGUGGGGAACGGAGAUCUAUAAACAGGGAUGCGACUGGAUUGCAUGCCCGUACAAGCGUUUGGAACCUGGGCAGAAGUUUGGUGAAUGAGAAUUUCCUGGCCUAAGGUGAGGACUAGAUACGCUAUUUUUGUAUAAAGUGUAUAACCCAAUGAUAUAUGAAAGUAACGAAUUCAGUUUUCUUUGAUUGCAAGG